AUGCUCGACCAACCCGUCUCCCUUCUUUACCUCGUCACUUCCGCCGUGCUCGCUCACCUCGUCUGGCGACUCACGCGCAACUACAUCCUUCCUUCCCCUUUCAAAGAACUCUCAGGACCCCCAGCCGGUUCCCUGUGGGCCGGUCAUAUGCUACAACUCGUCAACCCCAGUGACGGUUGGCGGUUCUUUGACGAUUUAAACAGCACAUACGGCACCGCGUCCAAGCUGCGUGGGUUCUUCGGCGAAACCUGGCUGCAUGUCUACGACCCGAAAGCCCUCCAUCACAUCUUCGUGAAGGACCAAGACAAGUUCCCCAAGAACAGUCUUCAAAACCAGUUUGCCACGCUCCUUCUCGGCAAAGGACUCCUCACGACCGGCGGAGAUGUGCAUCGCAAGCAGCGCAAGAUGCUCAACCCGGUCUUCUCGGGGGCCCACAUGCGCGCCCUCACCCCGAUCUUCCAUAAUAUCACUAGCAAGCUCGUUAUAGCCAUCAAGUCCCGUGUCGAGGACGGCGCGAAGGAGAUGGACGUCCUCGAGUGGAUGGGUCGCACUGCGCUCGAGCUCGUCGGACAGGGCGCCUUGGGCCACUCCUUCGACCCCUUGACCGCGGAAUCGCAGGACGAGUUCACAUCCUGUGUCAAGCUCUUCACCGCUGUCUUGCCGCAGGUUGCCCACCUGCGAAUCCUGCUCCCGAUCGUGACCCGCCUCGGCCCCGCGUGGUUCCGCCGCCGCCUUCUUAACUUCGUGCCAAGUGCCAAGAUCCAGCGCGUCGUGAAGAUCGUGGACGUUGUUGAUCAGGGUUGCCGGACGCUCAUCGAGUCGAAGAAGGCUGCGCUGAUGGGCGGAGACGAGGAGCUCGCGACCGCCGUUGGAGAGGGAAAGGAUGUCAUGAGCGUCCUGCUGAAGGCCAACAUGAUGGCUCGGGAAGAGGACAAGCUCCCGGACGAUGUUCUCCUUGGACAAAUGACGACCUUCAUCGUCGCGGGAGUGGACACGACCUCGAACUCCGUCUCGCGCGUUCUCUGGCUGCUUUGCGAGCACACGGACGUCCAGGCGAAAUUGCGCGCCGAGGUCCGCGAGGCUCAGGAGACGUACGGUGUCGACAUGCCGUACGACCAGGUCAUGAAUCUGCCGUACCUCGACGCCAUCUGCCGCGAGACGCUCCGCCUCUACGCGCCUGUCAAUCAUUCCAUGCGCGCGGCCAACGAAGACGUCGUUCUCCCUCUCCAGGAUCCCGUUCGGGGAAAGAGCGGGAACAUGAUCAGUGAGAUCGUCGUACCGAAGGGAGCUACCGUGAUUUGCAACCUCCGCGCGUGCAACACGAACCCCGCGAUCUGGGGCGAGGACGCGAAGGAAUGGAAGCCGGAGCGCUGGCUGGACGGACUUCCGAAGACGGUCGACGAUGCGCACAUCCCCGGCAUCUACUCCAACCUGAUGACGUUCAUCAGCGGCAGCCAUUCGUGCAUCGGCUUCAAGUUCUCUCAACUCGAGAUGAAGGUCGUUCUGACCGCUCUGAUCUCCAACUUCAAGUUCGAGACCUCGAGCAUCCCCACUGCGUGGCAGUUUGCGGGCAUCGCGUUCCCGGCGCGCGCCGACGACCCGACUCGCACGCCGAAGAUGUUCAUGAAGGUGUCGAUCGCGGAUUGA